GCCCUUCCCGGCCUCCGUAGCUCACACACUCUUUAACAACUGUAGCUAUUGGCAGGAAAUUUAAACUUGGUUCAUUGGCAGUUUCGGGAAAACAAGGUCUUAAAUUCAUGGGCGGAAUAAAGUUUUACAUCCUUCUGAAGUGAUUUUUUUUUAAUUUAUGCUGAGGAUUCUGCUGGCCCAGCCCAUCCCAGCUUUCUCUGCUAAAAUGGCUGACUGGACACUUCGGCACUGGCAAAAUCUUGCCAGUCUAGAUGGCCACGCCCGGAAGAGCCAGUUGAAAGCGACAAGGAAACAAGAGGAGGCUGCACAUUCAGCCAGAAGCCGUCCUUUGGUUGGGAAAUCUUUCUACCUGGACCUCCCCAGGGGCAAGAAUCUGGAGUUUCUGGCAGAGAGUGUGAAGCGACUGGGUGGGGUUGUUGAAUGUUUUCUGAGCAAAGAAGUGACUUGUGUUGUCUCCAGUAGCCAAGAGGCCAGGCGGGAGAGGUGGAUGGAAAAGCAAAGUAGUUCUGCGUUGAAGGAUGCUCAAGCUGGAUCCCGGCCUUCUGCAGAGCUCAAAAGGGGUCCCUUGCACAAGUCAAUAGACACUAACCUGACCAGUCGUGGGAAGAAGCUGUUGCAUAAAGCCAUCAGGGGUCAGGAUAGCACCUGUGGCAACAGCAUCCUUGCCACUUCGCGUUCAUGGGGAGUACAGAUUAUACACAUAGAUGAAAUGCUGUCCUACAUACGACUGUUGUCUAAGAAGCACUCUUCCACGGCAAAGGUGAAGAUGGUUGCUUCUGGGUUCCAGCCUUCGGAAGUAGUAAGGCUGAAAGCUCCAUUCCUGAAAAUUGAAGAUGAGAGCAGGCAACUCAGGCCAUUCUUUCAACAAUUCAAGAAUUUCCCCCAACUGUAUUUCCAGCCGCUGAGAAGACAUAGCCCAUUUCAACCCCCAGGAACCUCUUCCAGCUCAAAAGCACCUGAAAGCAAACGGUCACCCAAUGAACUCUUCCCUCCUUCGGCCUGCUGUAUCAUGCCCAAACCACAGAAAGGCUACUGUGAAUGUUGUGAAGAAGUCUUCGCAGAGUUGCAGACGCACCUUCAAAGUAAACGGCAUAAAGAAUUUGCGCUGGAUCCGUCCCACUACACUCUCGUGGACAGCAUCCUCUCUCAGCUGACAAAUGACUUUGUGGUUUCUUCCUCCUCUCCACCACUGAGGGUGCCUCCCAGUGCCUGUAGUGGUGACUAUUCUGAAUUUCAUUUGGAGGACUAUUGCAUGUUUGCUGAAGGACAGACUGUCAACCCAGAGGCUUCAGCUCUCUUGCUCGAGGACCAAGACUUUCUCCAUCUUGCAGAGCUACCCAUAGAGAUGCUCCUCACCCCAGUGCCAUUUGGCUCCCUGGGGUCGGCAUCUGAGCAUCACAGACUGGUUGCCAGCACUCGCUCAGAGGCUGCAGCCUCCGCUGAGGCCGACCACGGUGCCGUCCCCCAAGAGAGGGGGCUCUUAGUUCAGCCUGCUGUGCUGUCUCGGAAACGCAAGCUCUCGGGCAGCCUGCAUGGGCAGGCAAGAAAGAAGCGAGCCUUAUCCAAGCAGACCUCAAACGACAGGUUGCUGCCAGAUGAGAAAUUGCUCCCUGGGAACCAGCAGGCUGGCACGGCAGGAUGCCCUCCGAAUCGGUGCGACAGCCAGAUGGCUUCCAGGCCCCUCGGCUUCUCUGCGGUACCAUUCAGCAACCUUGGCCCCUCACACUUAACUCGGGACAGUCUGUCUUCUGAGCCUCUUGCUAUAGACACCGGUUGCCUCCAAGACGCAGUGCAGCAGCUGGGCCAGCACAAGGUGGCUGCUCUUUCUUCCUGUCAAGGGAAGGACGCGUGCACUUCUUGGGACUUUCCCAGCCCUAGUAUUGAAUCAAGAAGCAUGUCUGGCUUCCCCAUGGGCAAGCACAUAGACCCCACGCUGCUGGGCGCUGUGGACCAGCACUGCUUGUCUUUCUUGGAUAUAUCUGAAUUAGCUUGGUGUGUUACCACAGCAACUGUGCCUAGUCUUUCUCCUGAGGCGAAGAGCCCUUCUUCCAUGUGAGAAUGGGAUAGACUGCUUCUGUGUGAGCCGGCAAGGGCCUCCCAUCGCCCCUUCAAGAGCUUGACGGAUGCUGCACUGCUAGGGACCUGCGUCAGCCUGUGAAGCAGCAACUAUGAAUCCCACCUCUGUUCUGCACUCUGAUAAGAAAGCAGCCGAUCUCAGGCUGCAAGGAGGACUAGGGUUACAGGAACAGCCCUAUGGAGAUGGAGGGGGCUCAACUGCAGUUGGGGCUUGUGUGGAAAACUGGAUAAGCUAGGCCUCACUUCCAGAGGCCUGCUUCCUCUGCUCUGCAUCCUCCUCCAUCUUUGUUUCCUAUGCCCUCUCUUUGCUCUCCCUCACUCCUCUUGCAGGUGGGCUACCACCGAGUCUUCCUUUCUCCUCCAGUAGCCUACGGAGUCAGGAUUCAUAACUGCAUCCUUACAAGUGCUCUUUGAUUUGAGUGCUUCUUUAUGUGGCUUUUUUCUGCUCUGCACCCCCUUCUCUUUGAACCGAAAUAAACAACGGCAAACAUUUGACUGCACUUGUUCCGUGUCAUUUUCCUUUAAGGUCCUGGUUACCAAAAUUCACUCAUUCCCCUAUAUCCAGCUUUCGAAUUCAUGGAGAGCAUAGCUCUAUUGGUAGAGCAUAAGACUCUUCGAUCUCAGUGUCGUGGGUUUAAGCCCCACAUUGGGCAAAAGAUCGCU